AUGGUUCGGGUUAUUGUUAGUAUUAGGGUUAGCGUUAGCGUUAUGGUUAUGGUUAGCGUUAGCGUUGGCGUUAGCGUUUCGUUAGGGUUAGGCCAACAACCUGUUCAGACUGUCCGCAGUUGUCUGUCUCGACAUUUUGACCAUUUCCGGUCGAGAUCACCCUCAACCGUCGAGGACCGCGAAGGCGGCACACAGACCGAGAGGGUGCAUAUUUUGAGCCCCACACGUAUCGAUCGUCACCGUUCAGCCGCUCCGAUGAGCUCGGUGUUGGUCAGCAUUCAGUGGCUAUUUUGCCAGCCGGCCACAACACAGCUUUCUGACCGUCUCCGACUAAGGCUGAACCAUGUUUCCGAGUGCCGCGAAGAC